AAGAAACGGCAUUUCCCCGUUUGUCUCUGCUCGGCUGCUCUCCAUCACCUCGUUCUUAGCCUGGGAACAUGGCCAACAGGAAAAUAAUUGCAGUAUUUGGAGCAACAGGGGCUCAGGGUGGCUCUGUGGCCAGGUCCAUUCUGGAGAACAAACAUUUCGCAGUGAGAGCGCUGACCAGGGAUGUGAGUCAGAAAAACGCCCUAGCGUUUCGAGACCUUGGUGCCGAGGUGGUCAGGUGUGACCUGGAUGAUGCUGCGUCUGUGGAAGAAGCCUUAAAAGGAGCCCAUGGAGCCUUUGUGGUGACCAACUUCUGGGACCAUCUCAGCAAGGAGAAGGAAGUGUGUCAGGGAAAGCUGGUGGCAGAUAUCGCCAAGCGCCUGGGCCUGAAACACGUGGUGUACAGCGGUUUGGAGAACGUGGACCGGUUGAGCGGGGGCAAGCUGAAGGUGCUGCACUUCGAUGGGAAGGGGGAAGUGGAGGAGUAUUUCUGGUCCAUUGGUGUUCCCAUGACCAGCGUCCGCCUGGCAGCUUACUUUGAAAACUUCCUCACCAUGUGGAAGCCUGUGAAAACCCCUGAUGGCCACUACACCCUAGCACUGCCCAUGGGGGAUGUGCCAAUGGACGGGAUCUCCGUCGCCGACGUUGGAGCUGUUGUCUCUAGCAUUUUUGCUUCUCCAGAGGAGUUUGUCGGCAAGGCCGUGGGCCUCACUGCAGAGGCCCUAACAAUACAGCAGUACGCUGACGUUUUGUCCAGAAUUCUGGGGAAGGACAUCCGUGAUGCAAAGAUCACCCCAGAAGCUUAUGAAAAGCUGGGAUUCCCUGGAGCGGACGAACUGGCCAACAUGUUUCGUUUCUAUCACAUGAAGCCCAACCGUGACAUCAAGCUUACCCACCGUCUAAACCCCCAAAUCAGAAGCUUCAGCCAGUUCAUCUCAGACAACCAGGAAGCCUUUAAAGACUUGUGAAGACCUUCAGCUGUCGAGGCAGCAUGGCCUCCUGUCCCUCAGGUCAUGCUGUCCUUGUGACACAACACUCCCCUUUACAGAGCAGCUAGGCCAGGGAGGCAAUUAUCUGUACCACCCGGGGGUUCCUUCUGCCUUCUUUCUGGGGGAUACACUGUACUGGAAAUCCAACACAGCAGUUUGAUUCUCUUCAAACUUUCCAGCUAGUAAUUCAUGGUGGGAGAGCUACUUGGUAAAUUGAGAAGUCCCAGAACACAUUGCCUUUUCCAGAUCUUUCUCUCCAAGAUCCAAGUUGUCUCAAAAGGCUGGUGUGAUGAACUCAGAGCAUCUCCCUUAAUAUAGGUGAGAGGUCACUUAGCUUUCUUCUGAACAAGGGAUCCCCUUCUGAAAUUUCCCUAGCAGCUGUUUUCUCUGGUGUAUCUCAAAACUUUCAGCAAAUCAAAACCAACCUAAGUGACCAUCAAAAGAUGGAUAGACAACACAAUGUUUUAGGUAUAGUGAAAUAUUAUUUGACCCUAAAAAAAGAAUGAACUACAACAUGCCGAGUUUUGAAAACACUGAACUAAUUGAAAAAAGUCAGACAGAGCAAGAUAAAUAUCAAAUGAUUCCAAUUAUGAGAAAUAUCUAGAUGGGCAACGUCACUGAGAUAGAAAAGGUCUAUGACUGGGGCAAGGAGGCAGUGAGUCACUGCUCAGUGGUUACAGGGCUUCUAUUAAAGCUGAUGAAAGUGUGGACAACAGGGGCCACAGCUACACAAUUUUGUGAUCGCAGUUACUGCCAAUGAAUUGUAUGCUUGAAAUGGCAAGUUGUGAAUAUACAAUUGCAUAUACUUAUUAUGCCACAAUAAAAAUUUUU